ACUGUUCCCGGACCAGAACCCAACGAUCCUCCGGAUCAUUACUGAUCAGUUAUAGAUUAGUUUUUGAUUAUACUUUGAGCAGGUGAUCGAUCAGGUGUGGUGGGUUUGAUCUGUCGGAGGGGAUGUCCCGGCUGCUGGAGAGCAGGAGACAGGACAGGAUGAAGGAAAUCAACCUGAAGAAUAAGGAGAAGGAGCGUCUGAAGGUGAGGGAAAAGGAGGCGAGAGAGAGGGAGGCCAGGUCCAGCAAUGGUCACCUGUUCACCUCCCUGACAGUGUCCUCCACCACCCUGUGCUCCUCCUGCAACAGGAGCAUCACGGCCAAGGAGGCGCUCAGCUGCCCAGCCUGCAAUGUCACCAUCCACAACCGCUGCAGAGACAGUCUGGCCAGCUGUGCCAAGAUGAAACAGAGGCAACAAAAGCUGUCGAUGGUCAGAAACAGUUCAGCUCUGCAGAAUGUCGCCAUGCGGACUAAAACUCCGAUGAUGAAGGAGCGUCCGAGCUCGGCCAUCUACCCCUCAGACAGUCUCCGUCAGUCCCUCCUCGGGUCCAGACGAGUCCGGUCCGGACUCUCACUUGCCAAGAGCGUCUCCACCAAUAACAUCGCAGGUGGGUUAGAUGACUCUGCGGGUCUCAGGAGGAUUCUGUCUCAGUCCACCGAGUCUUUAAACUUCCGGAGCAGGACGUUGUCCAUGGAGUCUCUGACUGACGACGGGGAGUGGUGGUGGAACUCCCUGCUGGAGGAGCUGCAGGUGGAGGGCAGCUGUGUUCAGGCCGACAGCUGGAGUAUGGCUGUGGAGCCGAACUUCCUGCAGACGCUUCACAAAGACCUCAUCAAACAACAGGAUGUCAUCUACGAGCUGAUCCAGACAGAGUUCCACCACGUCCGGACGUUGCGGAUCAUGGAGGGGGUGUACAGGAGAGGGAUGCUGGAGGAGGUGAUGCUGGAGGCAGGUGUGGUUCACACCAUCUUCCCCUGCCUGGACCAGCUGCUGGAGCUUCACUCCAACUUCCUGUCAGAGCUGCUGAACCGGAGGAAGGAGGGACUGAUGGAGGGCAGCUCCAACAACUUCACCGUCCGCAGCAUCGGAAACCUGCUGCUCCGACAGUUUUCAGGUCAGUGUGCAGACGACAUGAAGAAACUUUACUCUGAGUUCUGCAGUCGACACCCGAAAGCUGUGAAACUCUACAAAGACGUUUUAGCCAGAGACCGAAGACUACAGCAGUUUAUCAGGCGUGUCUGUCGUGGUCCUCUGCUGCGUCGUCAUGGCGUCCAAGAGUGCAUCCUGCUGGUGACACAACGAAUCACAAAGUACCCCGUCCUCCUCCAACGAAUCCUCGACAACACCAAAGACAGCGAGGAGGAGGCGCAGGCUCUGAGCAAGGCGCUGCAGCUCCUGAAGGAGCUGAUCAGCUCGGUGGACAAAGAGGUACUGGAGCUGGACCGGACCAGGAGGCUGCAGGAGAUCCAGGCCCGUCUGGACCCCCGGGCCCAAGCGGAGGUCCGGGGAGGAGGAGUGUUCAGAGGAGGAGAACUGCUCAGGAGGAGGCUCCUCCAUGAGGGGAUGCUCCUCUGGAAGGUCCAGGGCUCCAGGAUGAAAGAUGUGCAGGUCCUGCUCAUGUCAGACAUCCUGGUUUUCCUUCAGGAGAAAGAUCAGAAGUUCACCUUCGCAUCAUUGGACAAGUCUCCAGUUGUCUCUCUGACUAACCUGAUCGUCAGAGAUGUAGCCAAUCAGGAGCGAGGGAUGUACCUGCUCAGUGCCUCCACCCCUCCAGAGAUGUACGAGCUGCACGCUCCGUCCAAAGACGACCGCCGGACCUGGAUGAUGUGGAUCCAGCAGGCUGCUCUCAGCUGUCCAUCCAGAGACGAGUUUCCUCUCAUCGAGACUGAAGACAAAGCUUUACUGCGAAGACUCAGAGCCGAUAUCCAGCAGAAGGACAGGGAGGUGCUAGAGCUUCUGCAGGAGCGUGUGACUCUGUUUUCUGACCUGGUGGAGGCGACAGGAAGAGGAGGAGAAGAAGAAGGAGGAGGCGUGGAGGUGAGCACCUCCUCCUUCAGGACCUCCUCCAGCUCCUCAUCGUGCAGGAAUCUUUUCAGGGCUGACACUCCUCAUGCUCCUCGGGCCGAGCCGCUCCUCACUGCCUCCGUCACUGAAGUGGACAAACUGACGGAGCUGCUGCUGGACGCCAACAUCCAGAGGUCCACCGUAACCAACGGCAACCAGGAGCUCAGCAAUGGUGACUCUGGUUCUCUGAACGGUUCUUUUGAGAUGAACAGCAGCUCCUCAAAGGACAGAAAUGGUAACCAGCUGCAGGAACGCACCUUAAGCCAGGAAGUCCGUCAGCGAUUGGUCAAUCUGAGCAUCCAGCUUCAUGCCCUACAGGCUGCUGUGAUUCGGCAAGACUCGAUCCUGGAGCUGUCGGUCAGUACAGGCCCUGCCCCCACAGUCAACCAAGGCUCCACCCCCAGCCCCGCCCCCGGCCCUCGACUCAGUCGGUCUAUGUCGCGGGACACGGGGCUGGAUGCUGGCGGUGAGGCGCAGCUGCUGCAGCGGCAGGUGGAGCUGCUGCAGGAGGAAGUGACGCGGCUGCGUCUAAAGCGAGAGGAGCCUGACAGGGAGGGGGCGGAGCAAGGUGGCAGGAGGAGGGUCAAUGGAGGGAUUGGUGAUGUCAUCAAGGAGGAACAGCAAGCGAACAAGAGGCGGGGCAGCAGGGAACUGGAGUCCUGCGCCCUCUCCUCAUUGGCCAGUCAGGAUCCAGUCGACCAAUUAGAUGGCGUCCAAGAGGGAAACGAGGAGGAGGAGGAAGUGAUGAAGAUCUCUCCUCGCUCUGACAGCCCCAGAGACCUGCAGGACAUCCCCGAGGAGAGUGAGUGUGGCACUGAUCCCAGUUAACGUCAUCUCACUAUCCGCCUGAUGACCUCAGGGACUCUGCUGAUGUCACUGUGAUAUCACCGAGAUGUCACUGGCUGAUCAGUCACUCGGCUGGAGAUGAUGUCAUUUCCUGUUUUACAGAAGCUUUUGAUCUCAGCUGUCGUACUUUUCUGAAUGUCGCUGUUUAGGGUAGAAACAGGAAGUAUAACCAUGUGACCUGUUUACAUCAUCACGUCAGCUGGAGCCCCGUCCACAUGUGGUGUAAAUGGGCGGGGUUUAUGAA